GUAGCCAAGGGGGUCAUCAUCUUAUGCAUCUUGGCAAUAAGUUCACUGAUAAUUAGCCAUACAAUAUCACAGUACAUCCAAGAUGAUGAGAAUGCUUCACACAUGCCUAACAUUAUAUUGAUUGUUACUGAUGAUCAAGACAUGCUACUUCAGGGCAUGGAACCCAUGACAUUCACCAAGACAUUCUUUGAAACUGGUGGGAUCACAUUCAAAAAUGGUUUCGUCUCCACGCCGGUGUGCUGUCCGAGCCGAGCCUCUAUGCUGACCGGCCGGUACCAGCACAACACGCGCGUCAUCAACAACACCCUGCGGGGCAACUGCUGCGGCAGCGACUGGCGGCACGGCGCGGAGCGGCGCACGGUCGCCGCUCACCUCCGCCGGCGCGGCUACCACACAUUUUACGCCGGCAAAUACCUCAACCAGUACGGCCUCCCGCCAGCGGGCGGAGUGCAGCACGUGCCGCCCGGCUGGGACUGGUGGGUCGGCUUGGUCGGCAACUCGCGCUACUAUAACUACACCCUCUCGGUGAACGGCACGGCGCGCCGCCACGGCGACAGCUACGCCGACGACUACUUCACGGACGUCAUCAAGCGGUACGCGCUGGAGUUUCUGCGCGGCCGGGCGCCGGGCCACGCCGCCCUCUUCCCGACGGCCGCCGCGCCGCGCACGGCCAGCUUCAACGUGCGGCCCCAGGACAAGCACCAGCUGCUGGCCGAGCUGCCGGCGCCGCUGCCGCCGCCGCUGCUGGCCGAGCUGGAUGACGUGUUCCGGAACCGGUGGCGCACGCUGGUCUCUGUGGACGAGAUGGUGUCGGCUCUGGUGCAAGAGCUGCGCCGGCUCCGGCUGCUGGACAACACCCACCUGUUGUUCACCUCCGACCACGGCUUCCACCUGGGCCAGUUCUCGCUGACGGUGGACAAGCGACAGCCGUACGAGUUUGACCUGCGCGUGCCGCUGUACGUGCGCGGCCCCCGGCUGCCGGCUGGCCGCACCGUGCUGGCUCCGGUGAGCAUGGUCGACCUGGCGCCGACCGUGCUGGAGCUGGCCGGCCUGAAGCCAGAGCCCGACAUGGACGGCGUCUCCCUGCUGCAGACGCUGGCGGCCGAGCCAGUGGCGUCCCCCCUGCUCGACUUCCAGCACUGUUACGAGCGGUUUGCGUGCAAGUGCCUGGACUCCAGGGACAACACGUACCGCUGCAUCCGAGAGAUGACCGCGGACGCAGACCGCGUCGUCUGCUUUUUUCCCGAUGAGGGUGAGCGUCACGAGUUCUGGGAGGUGUACGACUUGACCGCUGACCCGAACCAGCUGGUGAACCUAGCGUCGGCCAUGUCGGCGGCGGAGAAGGCCAGGUGGCGCCGCCGUCUUUCGGCCGCCAUCCGAUGCCGCGGCGCCGCCUGCCGCCACAUCUAG